CCAUCAGUUCUCAUGGCAGUGUUUCAGACUGCUCCCUGGAGGGCGAUUUCUGGUAUUUUAGGAGCAAUGUGUCUUUUAUUGGUGGCAACUUUGGGAAUUUUGCUGAAAGAUUGUAAGUUUCUCAAGACACUUAAACAAAAUAUUCAGCCAACUGUCUCACCAGGACUCACCAUGGAGCCCCAGAAAGACUCUGACUGCUAUUCUUGUCCAGAAAAGUGGAUUGGGUACCACUGCAACUGUUACCUCAUUUCUAAUACGGAGAAAACGUGGGCAGAAAGUAGAGAUUUCUGUGCUUCUCAAAACUCCAAGCUACUUCAUCUAAAAAGCAAAGAUGAAUUGAGUUUUGGGAAGCACAGUCAACGCUUUUACUGGCUUGGGCUCACUUAUAAUGAAACACGUCACAUCUGGCUGUGGGAGGAUGGCUCGACUCUCUCUCAGGAUCUAUUUUCAUCUUCUCAAGAGUUAAAUCCAGAGAAAUGCAUUUUGCAUGAUCCCAGAGGAACGACUUUGAAUGAACCCUGCGGAAAGAAAAAUCAUUAUAUUUGUCAACAACAGUCAUCUAAGUUUUCUUGAGGGUGGGGGCCCAUGCCCUAAUAUUACUGCAAGAUUCCUAAGAAUGUACCUUUAUGUCAUAUUGUUACUAACUAGUUACUGUAAAAUUUUGGAAAUUGUGUCAUCCUGUAAUUUCCAUAUCCUUGAAACUUUAUGUUUUAAAAUUGAUGGUGUUUCUGUGCCUACAUCUGAAA